AUGCGGGCGGUCACCAUAUUCGGAUUCCUGGCACUCAUUAUAUUCUGGCAAAUCCUUUCCAACGUGUUCUUCUCGCCGCUCCGGCGGGUUCCAGGACCAUUGACAGCGAAGAUAACGCCAAAAUGGAUUAUGUUCAUCGACCUCACUGGCAAUCGUGCAUCCACGAUUCAUAAACUGCACGGACGAUAUGGACCCAUGGUGCGCAUAGGGCCGCGAGAAAUAUCGUAUGCCAAUGCAGAGCUGAUCAAUGAGCUAUAUGGCGUCCAAGCGCCAUACAUGAAGGCUCCCAUCUAUGACAACUUCAGUCUCCCCCCACUCGGCAUCUUCGCCAUGAGAGACAAGGUCGAACACAGCCAGCGAACGCGACUGCUCAGCCAUGCAUUUUCGCAGGCCAGUCUUCUCGGAACUGAACCCCUGAUCAAGCAGCACAUCGACAACAUUGAGGCACGUUCUGGCCGCCAGAGAUCGUCUUCAACAGUCUCGUUUGACAGGUACAUAGCUCAGUACGGGCGGAACUCCGGUCGAAAAGACCUUUUGCCCAAGAUCUUGACAACCAAAAGCGAAGACGACCCUCCAAUGACAGACCGUGAAACUUACGCCGAGAUUAGGAAUCUCGUUUUCGCCGGCACUGACACCACAAGCACGACCCUCACAUAUUUGUUCUGGCAGCUCGCCGGGAAUCCCGAGUGGCAGGACCGACUGCGAGCCGAACCAUCGCAAUCGCCAUGGGCCGAGCAGUUGCCGUCAUACAGGGGUGUAACCGAUGUCCCGGUGCUGGACGCCGUUAUCGACGAAGCUCUUCGCCUGCACCCGGCUGCCCCGGCAAGCCUGCAGCGAGUAGUCCCUUCCGGCGGACGAACACUGAACGGGGUCUUCGUGCGAGAGGAGACUGUGGUUUCCAUGCAGUGCUACACCACGCACCGUGACCCUGCCGCGUUUCCCAACCCGGACACCUUCCGACCAGAGCGGUGGAUGGACGCUGUUGCGAUCACGGAUUCGAUGAAACCCCUCUUCAUGCCCUUUUCUCAAGGUACCAGAGCGUGUCUCGGGAAGAAUUUGGCAAAGAUAGAGUUGAAAUUGAUCACAGCCUCGUUGGUGAAGGAUUAUGAGGUCAGCUCGGCGCCCGGCACGACGGAGGAGAGUAUGGCCAUGACCGAUCAUUUCCUGGCGCUGCCGAAAAGUGGAAAGUGUGAAUUAGUCUUCACCAGGGCGAGAUGACUGAGAGCAGGAGAGAGAAAUAGGUAUAAGUGGUCGUCGCCAGAUUAUGAUAUGUAGAGAACCUUCGUAUUUCCGAAGGCAAAUAGGUG